UCCGACUGUCCAUCGAUAUCUGCGCGCGCAUACCGUCCGCAUCUUAUCCACAAUUCCGCUGUGUGUGUCUAUUUAUCUAUAUGUUGCUUCUCCUUUCGAUAAGCGAGCAAUUGGAUCCGCCAUGCCAACCUUGAACGUGAGCACGAACGUGCCGGUGGACGCGGUGGUCGCCUCCGACAUCCUCAAGGACUGCACCAGAAUCGUGGCCAAGAUCAUUGGCAAGCCUGAGUCCUAUGUGAUGAUUCUGAUAAACGGAGGAGUUCCUAUUGCAUUUGCUGGAAGUGAAGAACCGGCAGCAUACGGAGAAGUCAUAUCGAUUGGUGGCCUUGGACCUAGUGUCAAUGCAAAGCUAAGUUCUGCACUUGCUGAGAUUCUUGAAGCAAAACUCUCAGUGGAUAGUUCGAGGUUUUACAUCAAGUUCUAUGAUGUACAGCGUUCCUUCUUUGGCUUCAAUGGAUCAACUUUUUGAACAAUGGAUAAGUCGUGGGUUCUACAAUCAACUUCUAAGGAUUUUCAACGUUCAAAGUGUUGUUAACAUAGCCCUAGUUUACGCUGGCUCUGUAUUUACUACUAUACAAUGUGGUAACCAGUUUAAUUGCAUUGUUUGUAAUCUGGAUAUUAUGAUCUAUAUCUGAUCUAUAUCAAACUGUGACCACUUCUUGCUUUCUUUUUU